GCGACGCGUCCGCGCCAGCAGAGCCACCCCGAUGGCGGCCGCCACUGCCGUGCCUGUAGGAUUCCACUACGAAACCAAGUACGUGGUGCUCAGCUACGUGGGCCUCCUGGCACAGGAGAAGCCGCAGGAGCAUCCUCCUCCUCCGCCCCAAGGGACUCAACAACAGCUUAUGGCACAGCCUGCUCUGGAGAAAGAGGCUUUGGAGAAGAUUAAAAUAGAAAUCGAGGAGGAGCUAAAACGUCUCGAUGAAGAAAUCUUGGAAGCAUUUACCACUACAGGGUUUGACUGCCACACUUCCCCAGUGUUCAGCCCUGCCAAUCCAGAGAGCUCAAUAGAAGACUGCCUGGCUCAUCUGGGGGAGAAAGUGUCCCAGGAGCUGAAGGAACAUCUGCACAAAGCACUGCAGAGCUUGCUUAGCAAGCCGGUGACGUAUCAGGAAUAUCGGGAGCGCACGCAGGAGGCAGCUGCUCAUGCCAGUGGAUGGAACAAGGUCUUGGUGCCCCUGGUUCUGUUACAACAAUUUCUGAUGGAGCUGACGAGACGGGGCCAGGAGCCGCUGAGUGCCCUUGUGAACUUCGGGGUCACGUAUCUAGAAGAUUAUUCUGCAGAUUUUAUCAUUCAACAAGGAGGAUGGGGAACCGUUUUCACUUUGGAAUCCGAAGAGGAAGAGUAUCCUGGGCUCAUUGCAGAGGACAGCAAUGACAUCUACAUCCUGACCAGCGACAACUCAGGGCAGGUGAGCCCCCCAGAGUCCCCCACCGUGACCACGUCGUGGCAGUCGGAGAGCCUGCCCGUGUCCCUGUCGGCGAGCCAGAGCUGGCACACGGAGAGCCUGCCGGUCUCCCUGGGACCUGAGUCCUGGCAGCAGGUGGCUAUGGAUCCUGAAGAGGUCAAAAGCCUGGACAGCAACGGAGGGGGCGAAGAGAGGAGUGAGAACAACUCUUCCAACUCUGACAUCGUUCACGUGGAGAAGGAAGAGAUUCCAGAGGGGAUUGAGGAAGCGGUGGUGCCGGCCGGCGCUGCAGAGACCACGCAGGCAGCGUUUCCAGAAACCUCUGCUUCUUUACAGGAAAUAAAACCUCCUGAAAUUGCUGCUGCUGAAAAAGCACAUCCCUCCACACUUCUGCGUACAAAACAGGAGGAAAAGGGAAAAGCAGCUGAAGAACCUGAAAUCCCCGUGUUAAGUAAACCUGUCCCAAAGUUAGCCCCAUCGGAAGAAAAGGCUGCACCAGCACCUGAGAAAAUACUGCUUCCAGGGGAAAAAAAAGUGGGGAAAGAGGGCCAUUUGGAAGAAAUAGAAGAGAAAUCCUCAGCUGCAGAGGAGAAGCCUAUCCUAUUGCCAGAAGGGAAAUCUAUACUGCUGUAUGGCGGGGCUGCUGCAGUCGCUAUAUUGGCUGUGGCAGUCGGAGUAGCGCUGGCGCUUAGGAAAAAGUAACAGAGCUCUCUUGAGGAGGAGGGGGGAGAGAAGAGAGCACAUCCAAUUUUUGUAGUUGUGUUACCUAAAGGUUGAGCUGCCUGCUGUUUAAUUGGACAUUUGAGUAACUCAGUGGUGAUGAGGUGAGGUUGUUCAAUAAGCCUCCAGCUAUGGACAAUCAUGUUUUUAGUAGAAUCGGGGCGGGGAAUUGGAUUUCAUGAUUAAAAGUACCAGGGGUAUUUUUAAAAAAACAAAAAAAAUCUGCAAAUUUAAGAACUUAAAGUGCAGGUGCUGAAGAAAGGGGUGCUCAUACUCUAGGAACUGGAACAGAGAAUCCCCAGGGGAAGGGGAGAGCCAGCUGCCACCAACCCCUGGAGAUUUUGGCUUCUCAGAUUGACCGCUAUUGCAGCUGUGCUGUCUUGUCACUUCCCGUUGUGCCCCUGAGCCCCUCCUAACAAACAUUAGCCAACCUGAGUCCUGUAGCGAGAGGCUGGUGUCCCUUUUGUCUCAGCUUCCUCUCAGGUACAGCACUGCUCCUCAUAACCUUCCAGGUUCCUCCUAAGCCCCAGUGGGACAGUGCUUCUUCUUACCUCUUGGCUCACAGUCUUUUGGCCCCUACCGUUUACUGGAGCCCCAUCCUGUGAAGAUGCUGCCUCUCUAUCUCUGAGCAUCCUGGUGGUUCCUGGGGCAGAGGUGCUGCCCAGGGGGAUGGGAGGGACACUGCUUUUUGCUGGUUUGAGAAUCCAUUUGCUCUGCUCCUGCCCAGCCCACUUUACUGCAAACUCUUCAGUUACCAGAGGUAUGAAAUUCAUGCUGGACACGGUGCUGUUGGGAUCAGUACUCUGAUAUCUGGGGUGUAUUCAGCAAAAAUCCAGCAAAACCAUGUGGAAGCAAGGCCAGUGCCUCAAGUGCAAUUGAGACGUUAAACGCUCUGCUGUCCUGUGUCACGCUGCAGUCUGCAUUUUCUUUCCCAAGUUAAGCACAGAGUGUAUUUAGUCCUAACUUGGUCUUGCCUGUGUCAGAAUCCCAGAUACAUAAAGCAAUGGAUUCUAGUAACUGAGCAAAAGAGCAUUAAACAUCUCUAUCUGCUUGUUCCUGACGUGGCCCAGAGUGGUGUUCAGUGCAGUCUCUUUUGUGACUGUGAAUCUGUAAUUAGCUAAACUUACAGGUUCACAAGUGAUGAGCAAUUUAUUUGGGCAAAAAAAGGAAAUCCCCCUUCCUGCAGUCACACUUCAGCUGUGUGUGGAGAGAAGCCUUUCAAGUAUUGCCCUAUCCCUAGUGGGAUCCAGCUGCAAGUGUUCCUCUUUCAGCACGUUUGUGUGUCUGUCCUUGUCCAUACUGCAGCUCUGUAGGCAGCACCUUGGGCUUCCCGGGCACAGCUGUGGAUGCAUCUCUGAGGGUUGGUGCUGACACUGUGGCUUAGACCAGAUGGAGGAAGGUGAAAGGGAACUCGUGAUAAUGUAAAAAACGAAACCUGAGCUUAUGGGACUCUUCACAAAGCACAAAGACAAGGUACUUUUAGUUCUAAGUAACCAUAUCAAGAGUACAUCUCCUGAUGAGCCUGUUUCUUAAGGGAUCUCAGAAUGGAGAGAUCUUAGCAUAUUCUCUAUUUUAGGAUAUUCUUGCUGCAUUUUCCUAUCCCAGGAUGCUGGAAAGUUAGUCAGAAUGUGUCAGAUUCUGAGGAAUUAUUUUUGUGUAAGCUUUUGUGAAAUGGAUUUUCUAGAAAACUUACUGGUUUUUGAACUGUGUGUGUGUGAAGUUGAGUAUUAAGAGGAAGGGUUGUGUAUAUACUGCUGCUGUGGACUGAACUUGGGAGCUCUGGACUGCACUGUUGAUCAUUGAUUUCUCUUCUUCCAUGUACAAAACAUAGCAGGUUGGCCUUAUCAGAAAAAAAAAAAAAAAAAAAAACGCAAAUCUUUUUAUCUCAAUGCAAAAUGGAACUGACUUUUUUUUUUUCCCCUUUCUGGUUCCCUGCUGGUACUUGUUGCUGUGUUGUGUCCCCAGAAGGGGUCGCUGUCGCUGGGAUCUCCUCAUGCCACGGACUCUGGUGUCUGCCUUCCCACCACAGCAGUUCCCUCUCCUGGCCCCUUGCAGGAGCUUCCCCCACAUGGAGGAGAGGUCUCUUUAUGCUCCAUUUGUCGCCAACGUGCAGGAACAGUUUUGUUUCACGUGUGUUUGUCAGGGAGUGGUACAGUCUCUGAGGCAGCAGGGGCAGCUUUAUUCCUUGGUCAGUCAGGGCAGGGCUGCCCCUCUCCUGCUGCUUUGAUGAUGGCUUUGAGUUCUUGUUGGAGAGAACUGUUCUUAACCUACAUCCCCUCCUUAUGAAAACAAUGAACCUACUUUUGGUACAGCCCCACCUCUAGCCACACAGCAGGUUACUCUGAAGCAGAGAUGGAUUCUGUGGACACUGAGUAACUUUUGUACCAAUGGGAGGAGGGUGCAGGCAAGGCUGGUGUUACUUCAUCUUCUCUGUGGGUGGGGUUGUUUCAGUAGUAAUGUGGAGAUGGGUAGAGGACAGACAGGAAUAAAUCCAGGCUGGCAAGGGAAGAAGUUCCAAACUUAGUGUCACAAAAGCUUCCAUGCACAGCAGUGAGAAGGUGGCAGCAGUAGUAAAGAAAAGAAAUGAUUGUGUGAGGCAUUUUCAUGGUCAGGCAGAAGCCUUGAGUAUCUGGUGUGUUGCUACAUCUCAUGGAGCAUUAGUUACACCAUACGUUUUGGUUGCUUGGUCCUUUCUUUAUAAUGUUCUUCUCCUUCUCAAGUCUUAGAUUUGGCAAGUCAGCGAGAAUUGGAACUGAAAUUGAAUUUCGCAUGUUCAGAAAAUUUCCUAUAGGAGUUUCUUUCCUCUGGGAACACUCUACUAGUUAAAAAGGUCAGCUUUUUAGAAGUUAGUUUAAAAAACUAGUUUAAAAGGUCAGUGGGGUUGAGUUUGCAGAGUUUGGAGUCCUGGGGUCAGAGCUGGGAUCACCAAAGGGUGGAUAAGCUCAGAUGGCAGUGUUCCUACAGACCUGAGUGAGAGGCUGCUCUCUUAAGAGGUGUGAAUUAGAAAAUGGAAGUUUUCUUCCCACCAUCUUCAAGUAUAUUAUAGUAAUCUUAAACUGCAGGGUCCAAUUACCCCAGAAGGUGUGAUAGAACCUCUCUUUAUGGAUCUCUUGUAGCUGGCAGAGGGAAGACAAGAGCUAUAGACUUGCAAAAGGGCAUAUAGAAUUACUUUCACUUGUGUUGCUCAUCCCCUUCCCAGAAGUGCCUCAAUAUCUGUCCUCGAGUGGCCUGUACUUUAACAAAAUAUCUACCUUAGACCCAUUCUGUCUUCACUUUAUCCUUAGCAUACUCUAAAGCUGAGAUGCUAAAGCAGCAGAGGACUGGAUCUAUGAGAAAAAGUGGGAAAUACUUAAGGAACUGCAGUGGAGCUGCAGUGAAAGGAGCUGACAAGGAAAGGCUUUCAAGGUAAGGUGCAAUUUAAAUUCAGCUGUGCUUAAUUUUAAGCAAUGUUUAGUUGGGCAUUGUGGCUGGGAGCUGAGCAAGGUCUUUCUUCAGUGGGCACUGCAGGAACAAGAGGCUGAGAGCAAAGAAAGUUCCUCUGUUGCCCAAAAGCCCAAAAUGCAGAUGCAGAGCCAGGUCCCAGCCCAUGUUGCAGCACUUGUGUGCCAGGUGGAGCCUGGUGGGCUCUGCCUCCUGAGUCCCUUGAGCUUCUUCA